AAACUGGAUUGACUUGCGUUAAAAUUCACUAACGAAAUUACGAUUAAUACGCCAAACAUUUAAUGGGCAUUUCGCGUGCCAGCUUGAAAAGUUGAAACGUGAUUUUUGCUGCUUCCCUUUAAUUUGUACCACUCGUACAGUAAUUUAAUUGCCUGAUGGAAAACGUAUAUGUACAUUUCGGGAUUGUGAGGAUUAAACAAAACUCUUACUCAUUCCAGAAAUCUGUUAUUAAUUUAAUUGGAUAACAGUAUUUGAUAUGCGACCAGCGAAAAUAAUAAAAAGUGCCGCGUUUUGCUGACCGUGGGUCCAGACUACAUACUGCUCGAGUUUACCCUUUACCCCACUUUGCGAUACAACGUGUACUACCGGCGAUGUCACUUAUUAUUUGUUGUCAAUUUCUGAUUUCACCGGAUGCUUCGAGGGAUGAAUCCUUAGAAAUUAGGCACUGGAUUGUUGUUCCGAUAAUAUGAAAAGGUUCCCGGGCGCUUGUUACGUGAAGCGCGUACGACCGUAUUUUUGAACCGUACUGACUGAAUAUUUUUGAACCAAGCCUGCGGUUGUUGGUGCUGCACGUUUCCAACAGUAUUCUGGGCGGAUCUGGAUUCUGGCUGACUGGAUCCGAAAAUAGCACCAACAUUCGUUAACCGCAGUCAGCUGGAAAAGGGCGAUUUGAAAGUCAUUCAAACUGAGCGUUUGUUGUGGUUGUGGAAAGUGUCUUAAUGAGAACAGCAUUGGAACGAGAAAACUGAACUAGUUGGGCCGAGGCCUGGGAUUCGAAUUUUCUUGAUUUUCGUUGGGAGUUCCAUUAAGUAUUGUCGCGACGAUCACACCAAAACGAGAGAACAAUAAUUCAUAAAUGACCCUCGAUGUGCCUGAAGUGGCCCAGUUGGGGUUCCAUUUUCCCGUCGUAAAUGGACAAUUGCCGCCUGAGCCUCCUCUGGGCAACAUCGAAUAUAAGCUCAAGCUCGUUCCCGCUAAUGAUACCCGCCUGCAACACCUGACUUCGCAGCUGAAAUGGCGAUUACGAGAGGGUCUGGGAGAAGCCAUCUACGAAAUCGGUGUGGGCGACGAUGGGAAGCUGGUGGGGUUGAGCGACGAAGAGAUGGAGGCAUCAUUGUCGACCAUCAGUCAGAUGGCAAAAAAUUUGGGGGCAGAGAUUCUGUUGAUACAAGAGUUCAUUCAUAAUGGAAAGCGAAUUGCCGAAGUAAUGCUUCGUCAGACUCCAGAUGAUCCAGAUGAGUUUGUGGACUUUCGAAUCUCCGUUCUGGGAGCGGUUGACAGUGGGAAAAGUACAACAAUCGGUGUUCUUUCGUCUGGAGAACUGGAUAACGGUCGCGGAAAAGCAAGGUUGAAUCUUUUUCAACAUCCUCAUGAAAUUCAGACCGGGCGGACGUCAAGCGUGUGUCGGGAAAUGAUCGGGUUUUCAACAAACGGUCAGGUGGUUAACUACAGUAUUUCGGACACGCCCGAACAGAUUUUUCAGCAGUCGUUCAAGCUCAUUACAUUUACGGAUCUUGCCGGUCAUCAGAAAUAUUUUCGCUCGACUAUUUCCGGCCUGAUGGCUUCGAAGCCAGAUUUUGUGAUGUUAGUGAUCAGUGGUCUCAGCGAUUGCAAUCAGAACACCGCGGAAUAUUUGGCAUUGGUAGCAGCUCUUCGACUGCCGGUGUUCGUGGUGAUAACGAAAGCAGAUUGUUGCGAAGCUGCGCGACUGGCAGUGGUUAUGAAAUCCCUUCGAAGUGCUUUGGAAGUGUCAGCCUUGGGACUGAAUACACUACUGCCGGUUGGAACGGAAGAUGAUUGUAUCGGCGCGGCAUUGCGAUUGGCCUGCGAAUCCGUUAUCCCCGUAUUCAGUAUCUCAAAUGUUACUGGGCAAAAUUUGAAUUUAUUGACAAAGUUUCUCAGUAUGCUUCCAUGCACGGUGGCCGCCAAAUCGAGAGAUUUGUCGACGCAGGAGCCCGCAGAAUUUCAGAUACAUAAGUCUUAUAAAAUGGAUGGUGUUGGCAUUGUUAUUACGGGAAUAUUAAUGAGGGGCUCGAUCUCUGCUGAUGAUCUUCUAGUUAUUGGCCCUACAGCCGAUGGCCAGUACACCAAAGCUCGGAUAAAAAGCAUUCAACGCAGUCAUGCUCCCUGCAAAAUUAUACGAACCGGCCAGUUUGCCGCAGUUGGUUUGGUAGUGGAAGACGAAAGGUUUCCUAUCCGACGAGGCAUGGUACUGACUGAUCCUACCUCGGCGCUGGUGCCGUGCUACGUAUUCAGCGCAGUCCUAAGGAUUCUCACGCACACGAAACUGGUCUCAGCUGGCCUCCAGGGAACGGUGCAUUGCGGUUAUAUUCGACAGACAGCUGUGAUUGCACAUGUCGAUAGUCAGAAUGGCGGAGUGGCUGCUAACCCGACCAGUGUGGGAUUGAAGUUCAUCAAACAACCGGAAUGUCUGCGGCCGGGUGAUCAGUUCAUCUUUCGUGAUGGGAAGUUGAAGGCGUUCGGGAUCGUUGAAGUUGUUGUGCCCUUGUCAUAAAACAGUGAUUGGCAAUUUGGCUUCGUGUAUAUAUAUUGUGUUUCGUUAUGAAAAUGGAUGCUGGCAUUUGUGCCUACAUUUCGUUGCAAAAUGUGCGAUGACGAUUUUCAGUUCGCCUCGUAGUAAUUAAUUGGAAUCUGGUGGUGGAUAGUGCAGAUCUGUAGUAUUCAGUCAGUAUCCCGUGAGCAUAACUGGUCCUAGAUUUCCUUUGAGGAUACACCUAUUAUGGUACCUUUCAGUUAAUUGUUAUGGUUUGAUGUUAUUGGUAUUACUGCAAAGGAUGCGAGUAUUUAAGAUCGUAUUAAAGAAUUUAUUGAGUAUGAGUUAUUAA